UGAAGAUGCUUUUUAAACCGGUAUUGUUGGUUCCUAUAGUAAAAGAAUCUUCUUCUUUAUAUUUCAUUAAUAUACAUAUAAAAACACACACAAACAAACCUUAUACCCGGCGCAACAAUAGGAAACGUCAUGUGCUUUCUCUCUCUCCAUACCUAUAUUUAUAUGCUUAAUGUUUUCACAUCAUACCCUUCUCAUCUCUCUUUCUCUAUCUCUCUCUAAGUUUUGGGGUAAUUAUCAUAAUGGGAAAUUGCAUAACAAGUAAGCACCAAAUCUCAGGAGAAGAUCAUGUCCAGUAUGAUCAUGAAGUACAAGACUCAUCAGAAACACAGUUGGCACUUAGUACUCCAUCAAAGCUUGAAGAUUUGAAGAAGCUGGCUAAGAAGAAGAAUAGGGUUAGGUUCAAAGUUGAAGAAGAAGAAGAAGAUCGUGAUGAUCAAGAUGACGGUGUGUCAAAAUGUAGUAGUAGUAGUAGCAUUGGUAAUAUUGAUUCUAAAAGUGGGGUUGUGAGAAUUAGAUUGGUUGUAACUCAACAAGAGUUGAAACAAAUAUUGAAUUAUAAGAAGAAUAAUGAUUGUAAGGUGUCUUCAUUGGAGCAAUUGUUGAGUGAAAUGAAGUUGAGUAGAAGAAGUAAGGUUUUGGAAGUUGAAGAAAAAAGUAGUGAUAAUAAUGGUACCUGGAGCCCAGCCUUGGAAACCAUUCCAGAAGACCAUUAAUACUGCUGAUGAUUAACAACUUUAUUUCUCUCUUUCUGAUCCAUAUAUAUAGCUAGCUAGCUACUCUCUUCUCCCACUUUCAUGAUGACUUGUAUUGGUGUGGCUAUUUUAGUCUCUCCCAUAUCAUUUUACUACUUGUUUAAUUUGGGUAGAAGUACUAAAUUUGUAGUUGAUUACUUUGUGCCCUUAAUGAAUUUUUGUUCUGAUUCAAGUUUUUCCAUUUGUAAUCUGUAAUUGUAAUUCGUGGUAGAAGUUUCUAGUUGUAUAUUAUCCAAUAAAAAAAAAUCAAUUCAGGUUGAA